CGGUCAGACCUGGUGCCACCACUAGGCCAGCUGGUGUAUACAUUCGAAACUGCCGAAAACAAGCGAGAAAAUGCGACGCCGCGAACUGCAGACCAUCCAGCUGAAGCUGUCCGAUCUCAAGGAGUACGAGCAGGCCAAGAUGGAGCGUCUGAGGAGUCGGCAGCAGUUACUUACCCCCCGGACGCCCACGCCCCCCGACAGCGAGGUGCUGCCGGCGACCUCCGGUAGCGUUCCGGCGGUUCUCCUGGCCACCAGCGGCAACGAACCGAACGAGGAGACCGAGGAGGCCGCCAAGUCGGAGCCCACCACCAAGCCCAGCACAUCCUCCGCCUAGGAUCUGGAGCUGCAUUACCAGACGGAUUUUUAACACCUUGAUCGUCACUACCUCAAUGGAUGGAUAAAGCACCUUAGUUUUACAAAUAACAUAUUUUAGAAUCUUCACCGUCUAGUUAAUUUAGGUGGUAGUUCACUACUAUGCAUUAAGUGUAUUUAAUUGGGCACUAUAACUAAUUAGUGCCAAACAGCCAGACUGUUAAAUAUAAGAAAUAACUCAAACAAAUAACAAAUAGAAUAUUUCAAGAUUUCAUUAUUGAGCGAUUUCAGCUGACCACACACACACACACACAAACACACACGGCGGUAUGCAAUUAAAAUGUUUGAACAAUCUUCAAAGAAUAUUUUCGCCCGGUGCAGAUUCGAAAUUGGGAAAGAGCACGCCGACCGACGAUGUUCACCUCGCGACGAUCGAUUGCCGACUGGCCGACUGGCCGUCUGUGGACCUCGUCCGCCUGUGGAGAGCAAACCAAUUGAUUUUCCAUUUAGUGUCUUCUGCCACCAGCCUCCGCCGACCCUGGGAUCUCGCCGAUCGCCAGAUACACUGCCUGCACACCUACGGUCUGUGUGUCGAUCUCGAUCGUAAAUUGAUUAAGCGAUCGUUUGAUUUCAGCAGGCAUGUGAACCAGUUAAUUUGUCAUCUGUCAGCCGUUGCGCUUACGCAACAGCAAUUUAACAAGAAAUGAAAGUAAUGCGAUUCGCUUGCGGGUUUCUCCCAGUGCAGCCAUUCGAUUUUUAUGGGACGGCAGCUCCUGCCAAACCACCAGCUGAUCCCAGUGGCUCAUCGAAACAGCUGACUCCAAUUAGCCACAUGGCACCGACUCACUGGCUUACCGGUACCGGCAUCGUCAUCGCCAUCGCCAUUGGCAUUGGCAUUGGCAUUGGCAUUGGAUUCUUCCUUCCACACGCACAUUGACAUGGACAUGGACAACUUGAAGUCAAGUCAGGAGAAUUCCCAUUCAGUAUCCGAAGCGAUUAAGUUUAACGAGCCGGCAAUAAGAAGUUUUAGAGAGCAUUGGAAUACACACAAAACAAAAGGCAUCUCAAUAUUUAAUUUAGUUUGUAUUCACAAUGUUUUAUCAUCAAAACAAAACGUGGCCUAAUAAUUAUAAUUAAUACUUUGAACACUUUUAUAUGUUAAAUAUUUUAUAGAUUCCAUAUAUAUACUCCAAAAUAUCUGGUUGAUUUCUGAACCACA